AUGCUUUCAGCGCUAGCGGUGGUGCUGCCGUCACACGCUGUCGUAGGCACCACCGAGUCCACGCUAGCGCUCGUUCUGCUUGAAGACUCCCUACAAAACGCCCAUCUCGCUCAAUCCAAUCCUAGUCAAUUGGACCCACACCUGAGUUUCCUGCCCAAGGCGCGCCAGAACUACAUAGGCGGAAACGCUGGAGACUCUCCAGGCCUCACAAGCCCGUUGCAAUUGUACGCUCCGAAAAGCUAUUUUUCCAAAAAGUGCUCGGCUCUGGCUGUUUUAGACGUUUCCUUUUGCGACGCCACCAGCACCGUUUUCGCCGCAGCUGGGUCCACGGUUCUGACGUGGGACGUAAUUAAGGCCCAGCGUACGGCGGUGUCGCGGCCUUCGGCGCCAGAUCUGGCGGCAGGGUGCGCCUGGCUCAGUCCGCACUGCGCUGUUUCUGCUGGCGCCGCCUGCGCUGUGAGCUUCUGGGACACUCGCGCGGGCGCCCGAGCGGUGCAUCUGGCAAAGGUGGCUCGAGACAAUUUGUACGCUUUGGGCGCUGCCGAAAACGGCAUUUACGCUGGCGGCGCCGACGGGAAGGUGCAAUUCGUCGAUUUGAGGAACGAAGUCCACGAGGAGCUUGAUUUCGGGCGCCACGGUGCCGUGGUGGGCUUGGACACCGAGGAGUUGGCGGUGGUGUUUGAGGAUGGGGCCUUUCUUGAUCUUUUGAACAUGCCUGAAGCAGAACAAAUGGAAGCAAAACAGGAUCUGACGCUACAAGAAGAGCUCGGAUUGGCACCUAGAACGAUUGUUCUAGCCAAAGUUAAGGGCUACAGAGCAUGGCCUGCUAUGGUGCUAGAUGAAGAGAUCUUACCAGAAAACAUCAAGAAACUCAAACCCAAGUCGGUGAAACAGCAGAAGAAAACGCUGCCGACAAUCCUUGUGCCCGUGAGAUUUUUCAGUGAUGACACUUACAUUUGGAUCAGAAAUCAUGACCUAAAAGUGCUCCUGGAAAACGAUAUACAGCUGUUUUUGGAUAAACACUCCACGGCAGGAAAGAAGAAGGAUGAACUUCUUGUAUUCGCGUACGAAUUGGCACAGAAUCCUCCAGACAUGAAUGAGUUCAACCUCUGGGGAUCGAGAGGACCUCCAGAUCUGGACCCCGAACCACCUCAGAAGAAGCUCAAGUUGAAACUCAACCUCAAGCCCAAAGACAAAAAGGGUAAGAAACAAGCAGCUGCAAAGCCAAAGACUCCAAAGAAGCCCAAGGUCGAACGCUAUUCAUCCUACGAGGAAUACGAGAAGGACCUUGAAAACGCAAGUGAGCCGGAAAAUGACGAGUAUGGCAGCGACUGGGGCCUCAACGAUAGCGUGUUUGAUUUUGAAAAGGGCGACUACGUUUUUGAUGAUGAAAAAGAACAGAAUGCCUUCGUAAGUGAAUUCCCCACUUCAGCCGAAUUGCAGGAGAAUUCAGCAUAUUAUAACGAUCAAUUCGAAAUAAUAUUUCAAAAAGUCGCCCCCGCCUUGCUUGAUGGGGAAAUCUCGAACGAGAACACAAUCAACAAGGAGCUUCGAGCAGCAGGAAAGCUCGCCCAGCAAGCCCCAUUAGCUGUCUUUACAAAGUCUCCGCUCUACAGGAGCUUACUCGUGGCUGCUCACAAGCCAGAUGAAAAACUCCCUUCUAAAAGUGUGAAGAGCACAAUUGCAAACUUGCUUAAAAACUUUUCCUUGGAGACUUGUACAUUAACUAUGGAAGACCUCGUUUUGCCAACGCCGCAGGAAACUCCGAACCAGACCCCUGGCUUGACCCCUGGUCCUGAGAACGGUAUCAAGCACGAAAGUGAAGUAGCUGCUGAGGUUCAAGAGUCAGAUUCAAAUGGCCAAGAACAACGCGAUGCUUCCGAAGCAGCCAAGACGUCCGCUGAAUCUACUGCAGUGGCAGAAUAG